UGAUCUCUCGUUUCCAGAAGUGAAGUAUUCGUCUGAGUGUAAACAAGUCCGUGGUCGUAGAAAUGUCAGGGAAAGACAAAAUCAGUAUUUUCCCCUCUAGAGGGGCCCAGACUAUGAUGAAGGGCCGUCUGAGUGGAGCCCAGAAAGGUCACUCUCUGCUCAAGAAGAAGGCUGAGGCCCUUCAGAUGCGCUUCCGAAACAUCCUUGGUAAAAUUAUUGAAACAAAGACCCUGAUGGGAGAUGUAAUGAAGGACGCUGCAUUCUCCUUGGCUGAGGCGAAGUUUGCAUCUGGGGGCGACUUCAACCAGAGUGUGCUACAGAACGUGACCAAGGCUCGCAUCAAGAUCAGGAGCAAGAUGGACAAUGUCGCAG